AUGGAUUUAAAUGAAACUUUAAAUAAACUCACAGUGAAUGGAUUAGUAUUUUUGUUAUUAUUAUACACUAAUGGAAGAAUUAAUUUUAAAUUAAUUAAUGGGAAAUAUGAAAUUGAUUAUAUCAUUAUUAAAGAUAGAAUAUAUAACGAAGACUUGUUAUAUCUUAAUGGAUUAAAAUAUAUUAAAAAAGAAUUUGGUUCAUGUUCUAAAACUUCAAAAAUAUAUCUUAUUAGAAGAGUAUAUGUUGUUAUGGGUCUUAUUGAUUUGUUAGAUUCUUUUAAUUUCAAAUGUGAAAUAUUUCCUAAAUUUUCACUUGAAGGAAUAAUUUUAUAUGAUAUAUAUUCUAUAGAAACACCAUCACACGAAAUAAUAACAACUGAAAUACUCUGGCGUCUAGGAAGAGAAUUAUUAAAUCAUAUUGUCUAA